GAUGGUGUCUUCACCUUCCCUAUCGUUUAAGGUUCUUCUGGUAGCUUUUUUUAGUUCUUCUUUAUUCACAAUCUCUAGGUCUACCGAGUCUCUCGAUAGUGUUUCUGAACCACCCCCAACCUUGCCUCCGUUUCCAUGCAACUGCAAGGACGGCACACCAGGAAGAGAUGGCAAGGACGGUAGAGAUGGCCUGACCGUUGUGGGUCCGCCUGGACCCCCAGGGAAUAAUGGAUUGAAUGGAACGGACGGAAAGAAUGGCAGAGACGGUAAGGAUGGAAGGGAUGGGAGAGACGGAGAAAAGGGGAACCCAGGUUCUUCGGGUGAAAGAGGACCUCCAGGAGUCUGUGAUAUAGCAGAGCUGAACUCAAUCAAAGCUCGAAUUCUUGAUCUGGAACGGAAGGUGGAGAAAGUCAAUGAAACUUCAGAGACGAGACUCAAUAUUUUAGACAACAAAAUUGAUGCAAAAACAGCUGAGCUACUGGCAAUAAUCCAGAUUGUCAAUCAAACAAUUAUUCCAGGGCCUCAGGGACCACAAGGGCCUCCCGGAGAGAAGGGGCACAAGGGUGACAAAGGGGAACCCGGAAAGACAGGGCCACAAGGACCACAAGGAAAACAAGGAAAGGAAGGACCAAAGGGAAACAGAGGCUUUCCCGGUUUACCAGGAGCCAAAGGAGAAAAAGGUGAUAGUGUCACACUAAAGGGCUGCAGACACAGAAUGAAAAGUUCUGCUUUAAGAAAUGAAAAUGGCUUCAAAGAGGUUAUACUGCAGGGGCCUUCGCAGGGUUAUGUUUUAGUGGGAGUGACAUGUGCAGCUGUUAAAGGAGGGAUCGCUCAUUUGUUUUAUCAGGAAACAAAAAAGUCCUACUUGUGUUACUGUACUUUUCCAUCUACUUGUAAAAAAGGAAUUGCUGGGCGGGACGAUAGACGCGGAAAGCGAAGUCCGUCUCAUAAAAAAGAUAAGGACUGGAGAGAGGGUAAACAACUAGAUGGACCGAAAGAGUGUUACCUCCAUUACUGGGAAUGUCCUGUUCUUUGAAAUGUUAAAUGAUAGAUUAUCAGUUCUAAGAAAUAUAAUAAAUCGUUUUAAAUCAAACGCGCUCUCAGUUACAGCUGAUUCUUUUCGGUUGUCUUCUGGAGAACGCUGUUGGAAGCCUUCGUGCAGAUCUUGUCACAGAUGAUAGUCUAGCUGUUAUAAAUUUUAAAUCGCUCCAUAUUUUCUCUGUGUGUUUUAAGUUGUAGUCGAACCAAUCAACAAAAGAAUUA